AUGAAAAAUAAUGUCCGAGGAUUUGUUUAUCAUUUUGAAUUAGGAGCUGACAUGUCCGUAGAUUAUAUCUUUCAAUUAGAAAAUCGUCUGCAGAACGUGCAUAAAUAUCCUUUGAGAAUUUGUAUAUUUGAACAUCCUGGUACUGUAAUGCCAAUAUACGACAAAAAUGGUAACAUAACAAAAUAUGCAUUGAGAGAUGGUGAAGUAAUGCAUUAUCUAGUAAGCGGCGUUAACUUUGAACCGAUAUAUUUUGCACCCACAGAUGGUCUACUUUAUGGUAACGCUCAUGAAAAUGGUACAUUUACUGGUGCACUGCAAGAAUUGCACACAGGCAAUGCAGAAAUAUUAGCAAAUAUGCGUGCCAUCAUGAAAAUUGGAGAAUUAGAUGCACAAUUCACUCAUUCAAUCGUUCAACUUGAAUUUGGAUUUGUUAGUCCUAAAUUAGGCGCCAGUGAUAAGAUUUUGUUCAUUCAUAUAUUUGAUUUGAGCGCAGCUUUAUAUUUGACAUUUUCAUACCUUGCCAUCACAUGCAUCUGGAGGUUGAUGCAACAUUUACAUUCAUAUUUCUUAAGCAUUAAAAACAAUGUAUCCUUACUGCAAUUUCUACAAAGAUUAUUUGGCCUAAUGUUAUUGAUUGGUCAGGAAAAUCCAAAUUUCAUUUUCGAGCGUUUUGUUUUUGCUUCAAUGUUGUUAUUCUCAAUGAUAAACACAUAUACCUAUCAGGCUAAGAUGGUAGAACAUUUGACAGCUAAUCAAGUAUCCUUAGAUGUAGAUACAAUGGAAGAGUUGGCUGAAAGUGGAAUGACGUUAUAUACGAGUUUCGGAAUGAAAGAAUUGAUAGAAGAUAUAGGAAAAGAUGAGGAAAGUCCAAAGUAUUUCAAAACAUUAUUGAAAAAUCAAGUUAUUGAGGAUGAUUACUUGAAAGCUGUAGAACUGGUUAUAGAAACCAAAAGAGCUGCUUAUUUAUCGGGAUUAUAUUUUAGUGAGAGAUUAGCGGCUAUAUAUUAUUCGAACAAAACUGGGGAAGAUUUACUGCAUGUCAUGAGCGAUGCACCACCUUCUAGGCUGAAUGCACAUGUAAUCAAAGCAAAUUCUGUCUAUAAAGAAAGAUUCGAUAUGAUUCUUAUGAGAAUAUUAGAAAGUGGUUUUACCAUAAAAUGGAUAAGAGAGGAUCUGGCCAGAAUAGACAGCGCUCGAAGCGAACACAUCGAUUAUACAAUACCUGAGUACAAUCAACAAGCAUAA